AUCCACUCCAUCAACCAUCCAUUUGUCGGGCUUCGGGCGGAGCUGUACCUAAUUUGCAGACCCAAAUAUUUUUGCUGUGACCGUAAUAAGCACCGAGAAACAUACUGCGAAUGGGGAAACUCAAGAGCGUUGCCGCACGUGACCGUAGACUCAUGAGACGUGCUGCAAGAAGACGAUUGGCACAAAUUACCCAGAGUCAGUGCCUUUCACAGCGUGAAUGCCCGCUUUUCACCAAGUUGCCAAACGAACUACGCAAUAUGAUAUACGAGUACGUUCUGGCUCAGCAUGAUGACCCUUCUCGUCCUAUUCCAUGGACGCGACAUCGUUGGCGCUUUGCACAUGAGCACAGAACAUUCGCCGACAUAUCCCUUCUUGCAACAUGCCGCCGUAUCUACAUGGAAGCACAUCCCAUUUCAAUUCGAGGUGCCACCUACCACAUAGCUCUAAAUAGCAUAGGGGGGUCCUCCUAUGGGUGGGAUCACCCAUUGUUCCAUAUUUCCAGUCAACUCGGGAAACAUUUGUACCAUCUUCACGCAUUUCUGACCGACAUGGAAGAUCCGCUUGCUAUGGAAAAACUUUUACUACCCCAUGCGCACUGGCGGCGGAUAACUUGGUCAGGGAUACAUUAUGGAAACCCACUCACCUACUUGGAUGCUGCAAGGAAACAAAUCAUUGCCCUUCGUCUACCCUCAUCAUGUGAAGAGGUCAAUCUUGAGGUGCCUACAAUACAUUACCUUCUCGCGCCUACAGAAGAUGCUCCCUUUGUCCAUGCCCAACAGUACCAACUCAUGGAUACAUAUUUGACACGGACUGAUGGAAAGACACUCUCGGUAGACCGAUCCAGUCUGAGGCUGUAUAACUGUCAGCAGUCGAGACUGAAUGGACACCUUUAUAAUCUGGUGCUUCGAGUAACUUGGCGGACUGCAUCACACCAAAGGGAGUAUUUGCAUUGCGAUCGCCUGGAUUGUUUGAGAGCUUCUCUGAGCAAUGAUGAAUUCCAACAUGAGGUAUCGACAUUCGUCGCUUCUUUCGACCGUAAAUUGUCUCAAUGAACUCGCCUUCUAGCAGAGAGCAGGCUCUAUUAGAAAGAGAUUGUAAAGCACCACGAUCGUACUUUCUUGCGAUAUUGUACAGACGCUGAUCUAUUCUCUAUUCUAGCAAUUAACUAAGUUUAUC